AUGGCUAUGUCUCAGGUGGUGAACACGUACCCGCUUUCGAACUACAGCUUCGGAACUAAAGAACCGAAGCUCGAAAAGGACACAUCCGUCGCCGACCGUCUCGCUCGUAUGAAAAUCAACUAUAUGAAAGAGGGCAUGAGGACUAGCGUUGACGCGAUUCUGCUGGUACAAGAACACAACCAUCCUCACAUACUUCUCCUGCAAAUUGGUAACACCUUCUGCAAGCUUCCAGGUGGACGCCUGAAACCUGGAGAAAACGAAGUUGAAGGCCUGAAAAGAAAGUUGACUAGUAAGCUUGGAGGCAACUCAGCUGCCCUUGUACCUGACUGGAAGGUAGGAGAAUGUGUUGCGACGUGGUGGCGUCCAAACUUUGAAACCAUGAUGUAUCCGUAUUGCCCUCCUCACAUAACGAAGCCAAAGGAAUGCAAGAGACUCUACAUUGUUCACUUAUCUGAGAAAGAGUACUUUGCAGUGCCCAAAAACUUGAAACUCUUGGCCGUCCCUUUGUUCGAACUCUAUGACAAUGUUCAGAGAUAUGGACCCGUUAUAUCUACCAUCCCUCAACAGCUAUCCAGAUUCCAUUUCAACAUGAUUAGUUCAUGAUCCGACUUGAUGUUCAACAUUAUAGACUUAUUUGGUUCAUCCAAGUUUUCAGCAUAAGAUCUUUAUAUUUCUAAAAGCAUUCGUCAUUAUUUGACUAACGGCUGUCUUGUCUAACUCGGUGUUGAAUACUUUCUAUCUUUGUGCUAUGAUUGAAACAUAAGAAACUAGACCAUCCUAAAACUUAUUUGUUAGA